CCUCCUAUCAGCUGACUAUGACCGAGUGAAAAGCGCUGUGCUACGCUGUGUAACGUUCAUUGUUGGGAUAACGUCGAAGCGAGAGUAUUCACGUUACUUCCCAUCAGCCGUUGCGGACCGAUCUUGACGAGAGAGAGUGAGAGAGAGAAAAAUUAUUCCAGAGAAUCUACUUUGAUAAUACUACUUCCUCGCACCAAAGAUGUUGUUCUUGGGAAUCUUUUCUGUCCUUCUGCUGACUGUUUCUGCAGAAUUCUGUUACAGUGAUGUUGAGAAUGCUUGCAGCACUAAUCCUAAAAGUGGUGGAUUAACAUUAAACUGUAAUGCUCAAUAUGGAGCUAUUGAUACGCUUCAGGCUGACUUGCAAUCAUUUGUAAAUGCUAAUAUCGAAACAAGUUUUGAAUUUCUGCUGAUGUCUACACAUUUUGGCAAUUAUGAAGCGAGUCGAGACGGAUUUAAGGGACUGUAUCGCAAACUUUCAGAUCAAUCAUGGGCAGACGCGAUAGAUUUAAUCAAAUACAUUACAAGACGUGGUGGAAAGAUGGACCUCAAUCAGCUUCCACGCUUUAAGAAAUCUGUCAAGGACAGUAAAAUUUUGGAACUGACCGAAAUGAAUAGUCUGGCUAAAGCGCUCGAUAGCGAGAAGCAACUCGCCAAAGAAGCGUUACGUAUCCAUAAUCAAGCGCAACAUCAUACCUCGCAAGAUGCAGAUGUCGCUCAUUACAUCGAAGACCAUUUCACGGAAUCAUUGUCCGAACGUGUGAGAGACCUCGCGGGCUAUUCAAACGACUUUAAGAAUUUGUUAAGUGAGCGUGAUGCAUCAGUCUCUGUAUUUUUGUUUGACGAAUAUCUUAAAAAAACUUUGUAAAAAAACAAUAAUUGUAUACGGGUACAAUUUAUAACACAUAUAUACAUUAUGUUUCAAUUAUAUUAUUAUUGUUACUGUAUUUUAUCUUUAUUUUCAUUCUCUAAAGAUCUUUUCUAUGUAAAAUACAAGAAAUAAACGCAUAUAGAAAUUUA